AUGCUCUCCGUGCUGGUACCGUGGGAGGUUUGUAGAGCUUCCCCACCAGCGGAAGAAAACGAGAAGAAACGAGCCAAAACGCAACUUUGGAACAAGCACCACUGUGGACGACUGAGGGAAAUGCUCAAAAACGAGCUCAAGUCAAAAAAGUCGAAGGAAUCUCGCAUCAGAGAAAGCCUCCAGACAUUUCUCGUUAAAUACGACAAAUAUGGCGUCACCUUACAUGCAAAGGCUGUUGCCAUGUUGCAUGCCCAUUUACUCUACAUCCCGUAUGGUAUAGGAGGCUCCAAGGACAAUCAGUCCUAUGUUGAGAACGUAGAUACCACGUAUCCGUAUCACAUACUGGAGAUCUCAAUCGGCGCGCAUCUCAUAGUAGCCUCUCGACCUGAGCUGGUGUACUUCAUAGCCCAUUUCCAGCCAGCCUCCGAAGAUACGGCUGAGGGAUGGGAGCGAGCAGAGUUGGAAGCGAGGAGGCAGGCCAAGAAGGAGUAUCUGCGUAAUGCCUACUUGUGCUGGACCAAAAACGAGAAAACGGAUGAACAACGCAUUGCCAUACUCGUUGUGAUUGGAACAAAGUUCAAGGUUCUCUGUGUGGACAAACAGCCGAAGCUCCCAGCGAGGACUGAGAAGCCCCCAGAAAGUGAAGUCAACGAAAGUUGGUAUUACGACCCAUGGAAAUCCUGCUCAAACAUGCAAACUGAUCUCUGUCGUGCCUGGACUGAGCUAACGUUUGGCUAUGUCAAUGAGAGAGAACAGCCCUAUGACCUAAAGGAUGCCAAAGAUGAAGGUGCUAUCAUCAAGGCCAUGGAAUGGUUGGUUGAGCAAGCAGAGUCGUGCGAUCCCACGGGUUGGGAAGGAAUUGCGAGGCAAGGCGCCAAUUUCCCUUAUCGAAUAGAAGCCGCAGGAUGA